AUGGGGAAUGGAACACAGACAAAAUGGGGCACGAUUCUCAUCGUUGGUGGUUCUGGCCGUCUUGGAUACUACAUCGCCCAGGAGCUUUUGAAGCAGCCCGAAUGCAGCCGGGUAGUCUCUAUCAGUCGCAGCAGCAAGAUUGCCCACCACUGUGACGGCGUCGAGUAUCAUACUUGUGAUAUUCGGGACAAGGAGGCUCUAGAAGCUACCCUACGCCAAUUCAUGCCAGAGACAAUUAUCAACACUGCGGCUCCGGCGCACACAAGUGAAAGCACUCCAAGCUCUGAAUUUGAGCAAGUUUUUGUGUAUGCUCAAGACUCACUGAUGAUACUGGCACAAAAGGUCGGUACCAAGUACAUGAUCUGCACUACGUCCUCGAGCGUCAUCGAAGGCUACAAUCACAUCCAGGCCAAUGAAACCGCUCCGUUAUGGCCGGAGAAUUCCACCGCAUUUCCCUACUGGGUUCAGCGCGCAAGAGCAGAGAGACGUCUUCUGGCCCUAGACUCGCCAGGCUUUCAGACAGUCUCUCUUCGGCUGCCACUAAUUAUCGGAGAGAGGGAAUAUGCAUUUAUACCAGCCAUGCUUAAGACGAUGAAUGAAGGCAACACCGGUGUGCAGAUAGGGAGCGAUCAGGGUCUACUCGCCACAGUCUCUGGGACGGAUGCCGCACGUGCUCACGUUCUUGCCCUACGGGCACUGACGAGAACGCGAGACAAUGACGUUCACGGCGAGGCAUUUUACAUUACGGGCAAAAAAGACCUGACAUUCUGGAAAAUGGCGCGCAUUAUCUGGCAGGAGGCCGGCUGGAAACAGGAGAAGCCGCCAUUUGUUAUGCCUGAGUGGGCUGCUAAGCUGAUGGCGGUUACAUCCCAGACUAUCAUGGCUCCCUUCGGAGUGGAACCACCGCUGACACUCCAUACGUUGCGAUUCAUGUGUAAUACAUGGACGUAUGAUGGCACUAAGGCUAAGAAUCGACUAGGAUAUAUACCAGAAGAUGAUACGGAGGACGAGCUUCGAAAGGGUGUAAGAUGGUAUUUGGCAAAUCAAGUAGCUGAAUAA